AGACUUUACACUACAGAAUUUUUCAUCAUGGCCGGAUAGAGAUGAGUCUGAACUCGUAAACCUGCCCAUUUUUGAUAACUACCAUGUCAACUCCUUUGCAGAGUACCCCAACUGGAUCGAAGUUAGAGAAUGCACCAAAAGGAGAACUUAUCAAGCUGCUUAAGAGACAGCAGCUUCUUUUAAAGAAAUCAAACACUGAAAAUGGAGUUGCACAAUCCGCACUGAAGUCAACUAUUUCAUCACUUGAAAGUGAACUUGAAUCAAAUCAAUCAUCCUUAGUACAACUUAGACAAGAAAACGAUGACAUCUAUUCUUCAAACAAGAUGCUCACUUCUGAAUUUGAGGUACUAAAAAGUGAAGUAGAUAAUUAUAAAUCGUCAAUAAGCGACUUGGAAAGCUCAGUAAAACAACUGAAGAAUGACAAGGAAGACUGCCUUACCGAACUUGACGUCCUUAGAGAUAAUAAAGAGCAGCUGAAAGGACUGUUAACAAUGAUGCAGGAGUCUGAUAGCCAGCUUAAAGGAGAAAUUACAAGACUGACUUCACAGGUUGAGAGUGAGGUAGCAGAUAGGGUGUCAGAACGGGAAGCGUGGAAAGAGAACAUCAGGAUCCUCCAGGAACAGAUUGAGGAGAGCAACGCUAAACUAGCUGAAGCAGAGAAAAGUGUGUCCCUCCAAAAACAAUUGUACUCCGCAAAAAGUGACAUAGCCUCUCUGAAGAAUGAGGGAGACUCCCUUAAAAACUUGAUAAAGGAGUACAAUGAACAGUUUGCUCUAGAGACCAGCACCAUUUCACAAGUUCUUGGUGCUCUUAAUAAUUCCAGUACUGCUACAUGUUCUCAAGAUGAUUUAUUGGUGGAGAUGAAUGAUUUGAGAAGUUACAUCGAAAGGCUUGAAUAUAAGGACGCCGAGAGCCAACGGAAAAUAGAGGAGCUUAUUCAACAAGGUUCACAGUCGGAUCAGAACAAUAACGACAAUGAGUGUGACAAUGUUCAGCCUUCUGUAGAAAGCGCACAAGAUCACGAACGUCAGCUGGAAGAAGAGUUGAACUCUAGUAAAUUACAAGUCUGCGAGAUGGAUGAAAAGAUGAAGAACCUGGAGGAAGAAAAAAGAAAGAUAAAGCUGCAUCUUGACGAGUUCAUCUCAGAGAACGCUAACUACAAAGAUCAGAUAGACAAAUUAGAGCACAAAGAACAUCGACUGACAGAGACUAUGACCGCAGUGAUGCAAAACACGGAGGAGGAGAUGCAGGGACAGUACUCAGCAAUGAAGUGUGCUGUACUGGAAAAGGAGGAUAUUAUAAAGGAGCUAAACAGUGAGGUAUUCACGUUGAACAGCGAGCUGGAAACUCUCCGACACACCUUGUUAAAGUUGUCUGAAAAGAAUGAGAUGUUAGAGGGGAACCUUCAGGCAAAUCAGGAGGCAUUGGACAUAUCGUCGAGAGAAAUAGAGAAAGAGCAAGAAGAAAGCGAAACUCUUUUAAAUGAGCAAGCGGAGGAGUUCAGAUCAGAGUUGGAGAAAGUGAAAAAAGAGAUGGGAACGUUAGAGGCGGAGAGGGAUACACUAAGUAGCCAAGUCUUUGUUCUGGAAGAGCAGGUGAAUCAAGUGACAAGCGAUUUGGAGUCGGAACGUUCCAGGAUUGAGACUCUGGAACAUUCGGCGAAAGAGGCAGCUAAGAUCAUAUCGUCAAAAGAAAACGAGAUAUCUCAACUCAUAGAGCAACUCAAUAGGGCUGAGGAGUUCAGUAAUAGGCUAAAGGAGGACACUCAAGGAUCCCACCAUCUGAUGGACAUGGAACUAGCUGACUAUCAGAGAGCUGCUGACACUUUACAAGACAAACUUACUGCCAGUAAAGCAGAAGUGGCUCAGCUAGAAGCUGAAUUGGCAAAGAAAGAAGAGUCUGUCAACAGAGCCUGUAAUGAACUGAAAGAAUCUGAGAAACAGAGAUCAAAUCUCGACGAAAUGAUCACAAAAUUGAAAGUGCUAUUAAUGAAAGCAAAGAAGGAGGCAGCAGAUUGCAAAAAAGCUGAAGAUGACUUAAAAUCGGACUACGAAGAAACCAGGCAGACUUUGGAGCAAACAAUCCAGAAUCUGGAGGACGCGAAAUUAGAGCUUGCAGAAGUUCAGUGUGAACUGAAUAACAUGAGGGAAUGUUCCAGAAAGAAGUCUGAAGAAAAGAGUGCAAUGUUAAAGAACAUGGAGGCAAGGUUUACAGCGUUACAGGAAGAGGUUGAGAGGGAACGUGAGCUGAGAGUAGCGAUAGGAGGGCAGUUUGAGAGCUAUAAAGUUAGAGUACACAGUGUGUUGAAGCAACAGAAGAACAAUGAUGUCGUUAUUGGAAUCAGCGAACACGAGGCUAUAGUAAUCCAGCUUAGUAAAGAGUUGGAGAUGUUGAAAUGUCAGGUACACGAACUAAAGAUGUCACGUGACACAGUCACGUGUCAGAGCGAGGGUUUAGAGGAUGAACUGUCGGCUGUUAUUGGUAAUCUGGAACGGAUAGAAAGGGAGAGCACGGAAAGGGAAAAGUUUUAUUUGGAGAGAGAUAACCGUUUCUACUUCAGAGUAAGGGAGUUAGAGGAGUCCGUGCUUGACAAGGAGCAGCAGAUCUACAACAACCUGCAGAGCGCAGCAGCGAGCCGCGCGGCUCUCACUGAUUCGUACACCAGGACUAUAGAGCAGACUAACUCCUCCAACAAGGAUGCCUCUCAGAUGCUACUGAACAGGAUUACACGUCUAGAAGCAGAGCUGACCGCUAGUGUGGCUCUCACUCCUUCCUUCUCCACUGAGCCGGUAGAGAGUACUCCUGCUGCUCGACCUCCGCGAGUCAGGCUGGGGGCUGAGGUCAGUGUUCAAUCUCUCAAUUAG